AGACGCUGGGCGCGCAACAAUGGGGUGACCUUUCACAGUUUCUAUUGCUGUUUGUAGUAUCCAAUCAUUUUACUCCUAUGCAUGUGGAAGUACAAAAUCAAUGCCUUGGGGUUGGCAAAGUAUUCCUGUGGCAAACAUGGUUCUCAGGAAUUCAGAAGGAGUGAAGAUUUUGCUGGGUAAACAUGUUAUCGCUGAGUAUAGCUCACAUGUUUAGCUUAUAGACAUACGGGUAGUUGAGACCAACAAAUGGAUCGUCUGGGCAAUUUAUUGGUUCGAGAAACAGGCACCAAAAUUGGUUGUCGGUCCCUAAUCUACUUCAACGCCCGAAGCAUACAAUUUGGGAACACUUCAUGCCUCUGGUGCGGCUGUUUUUACGGUUAGCACGAUGAAAAUUUGGAAAUCCAUUCUAGCCACGGCCUCUGUCUUUUAUUUGGGCGUUGCAGCGAGUGAAAUAGAAGUCGAGAUCGGUUCAGCAUGGAACGACGAGUUGGACAUGCUGAUUACGCGUCAAACUGCACCUGUCAGCAGCAAUGACGAACCUCUACCGUGCAAUGGGUUCCCAGAAUACCGAGAUUUACCUGUCAAUCACUUUUUCUGGCUCGGAGCGCAUAAUGCCGGUUCCCAUGACGUCCCAAAAUUCAAACAGCAGGCAGCCAACGUAAAAGAGCCUCACGCUUGUCAAUACAAGAGCCAGGAUCGCACCAUCACCGAGAUGUUAACCGAUGGUCUCCGUUUCCUCCAGGUCAAUGUAUGCAAGACGAAAAAUGAUAAGCUAUCAUUAUGCUCGCCAACAGGUGUGCAAAUGUACGAUACUCUCUUCCAAGAUUUCAUCGACGAAGUACUGGACUUUAUUCGGAUGUAUCCUCAACAGAUCAUUAUGGUUCAUGUAUCUGCCUCGAAAAAACCGAAGCAACCUGUCACAGCUGAAGCGCUUGAAGGCGCUAUCGAUGAGGUGUGUAAAGUUCACACUGAUCGAACCCUAGGCACAGAUGAAUUCAAGCGACAUGAAUGUCCGUUCAUCUAUACGCAUCCUUUCGCCGCACGACCUUGGCCUACCAUGGGCGAGCUCAUCAACUAUGACCCUGAUAUGCCUCAGUGGGAAGGCGAUGGCCAACAUGUGGGUGUUCAAAGCCAGUUGGUUUUGACUUACGAUGACAGGUUAGCCUCCAGUCUCGGCCAGAAAUCACACUACUUUUCCCAGCCAUUCUGGGAAUCCGGCUUCAAAGUUGACCAGCAACUGAAGGAUGUGGAUGAUAAUGUACGCGAACUAUGCAAGAAAUCUGGCGCGCUUCAAUUGAAUGCCUUUUUACCGGAAACCACCGUCGACUGCAACAGCCAUCUGAAUGAGAAGUUCUAUACUCCAGCGGUAAUUGAUCGUUUGUUGCUUUCGAAAGACGUCUGCGAUUUCAAUAAUCUACCUUCAACAACUUACUUCAGUGGCAUCACCGUGGAUUGCUAUGAACAGCAUCUGCCCUUCCUGCUGAACUUGCAAAGACAAAUGGUUGCCAUAAACUAUGCGAAACUUAAUGGCCGUAAAGUGGAUCUAAAACCGUCACCAGUGAAAGAAGAAAAAUUAGAUACGCAAUCACCUUAUCACCACGAAAGAGAUGAACUGUAACCCUCUCAUCAAUAAACUGCAGGAUACAUCGUUGUAUCACCUAUCAUCAAAAAGGAU